AUGUCAAAUAUUGUUAAUAAUUUAAAAAACGCACUUGAUCGUAACAAGACAUUUCGUCCAAAACAUAAAUUUAUUAAAGGUAGUAAUCAACAUACAUUACAUAAAUAUAAAAAAGAAACACUUGGAAGUGGAGAUUUAACGGAAGCAGUCAAAUUACCACAAGAUGAAAAUUUGAAUGAAUGGUUAGCUAUUAAUACAGUUGAUUUUUAUAAUACUACAAAUUUAUUAUAUGGUAGUUUAGGUGAAAAUUGUACACGUGAUACUUGUCCAAUAAUGUGUGCAGGUGAUAAAUAUGAAUAUUUAUGGAUGGAUGGUAAAGAUUAUAAAAAAGCAACAAAAUUAUCUGCACCUGAAUAUGUUGCUUUAUUAAUGGAUUGGAUUUGUCAUAUUGUAAAUGAUGAAAAUGCAUUCCCUUCUGAUCCAACUAAAUUUCCAAAAUCAUUCUUAACUAUUGUUAAAACUAUUUUUAAAAGAAUGUUUAGAGUUUAUGCUCACAUGUAUUACAAUCAUUUUAAAGAUGCUCAACAAUUGAAUUUAGAUAGACAUUUAAAUACUGCUUUUAAACAUUUUAUGUGUUUUGUUAAUGAAUUUGAUUUAAUUGAUAAAAAAGAAGUGGAACCAUUGAAAGGUGUCAUUGCUGAUUUAUUAGGUAAUACUAGAUCUUAUAAUGAUAUUGAUGAUUCAAAUAGUCCUCCUACCAAUUCUAAUAAUAAUACUUCUGGUACCACUAGUGAACCAACUGAAUCUGAAUAG